AUACUAUAACAGAUUCCAAAGUUCGCAGAGUUUGCGGGCAAGUUGAAACAUGAAAGUUGUUCACCGUACGUUUGUACAUGUACAUGUAGGCCUACGUUAUACGUAUCAAUAUUAUGUUGUUACUUGGCUUGGAAGUUGAAACUUCGUAUUUCACCUGUCUUGUCGAUUAUGAUGACAUUCAAUUUACUAUCAGAUUGUGAGCAACGUUUGCAGGAUUUAGUCACUUUUGCGUUUAUACAUUAGUUACGUCAUGAACGUUUGACUUAACCUGGUUAGGUCUACUUUGCGGGCGCCGGGUAGGCCUACAUGUACAUUAUAUGUACAUAUUCACCCAUGUUGACAGACUGACAAGGUCAUGAAGAUUUCAUUAAAGGACUCUGUCUGAUGUCAUGAUGGCUUCACGCUUGAAGAGAAAGGGUUUCAAAACUCCGACUAAAAAAUCGCCCCGCAUUGAAGCUUCGAAUCUAUCCAUUUUGGAAGAAGUCAGAAGUCAGCGUGGUUCCUCUAAAGUCCAGACGCCACCAUCCUCAAGUCGUUCAACGUGCUUCAAGAAGUCUCCACGCACUUCCAGCCCCAGUAAGGUCAGCCCAGUAGGGAGUUCCAAGUACUCCCCACAUUUCAGCCGAAAGAAAAGAACGAAGCUUUUCCAAGAACUGUCCUUGGGAGCUGAUGCUAAGAGAAAAGAUGCGGUGCCUGCUGAGGAGUCCAGGAGUAAAAAUACCAUCGAGAAGUUCUUCUCUCAAGCACAGCCUCAGAAAUUUGUGCCUUGCCCUGUCUGCCUGGACCAGGUUCCUUUGAUUGCCAUCAAUAAACAUCUGGAUAAUGGAUGCUUACAUGCAGAUCCAAGUGCCAACGAUGAUGAUGAUUUCAUCCAAAAGCCAUCAAACAGCACUGGAAGCGUAAAAGUGAACAAGGAACGGAAAGCUGCUGAAGUGACUGUUUCCAGUCCUCUGAGGAAGAUUGCAGAGGUGAAGUCAGAUGUGAAGGAUAGGCGAGUAAGACUGAGGUUAAAGAGGAAAAUGGAAUCGCAUCCGCUCUACAGAUCCAGCUCAGAUGUUGCCCAACCUGCCAAAACUCUUACAAGUGAGAGUGUGCCUUCUGCAAACUUCACCAGAACUGACUCCUCCCCCCCACAGGAGAAACUUGUCACCAGUGAAUACUUCAGUUCAGAUGAAAACUCAGGUCAUAGUUCUUCAGAGGUCAUAAAACCUCCUCGUUUGAAAAAAAGGCUUUCAUCACCUCAUUCUUCAAGGAGCCUUGGUCAAAGAGCUACACCUUCGAAAGAAGCUGAGGACAUCCCCGAAGGAGAUUACAGUUGCCUGGAGAGAAAGCUGAGUAACGCUAGUGAGUGUUCGACAGUCAUUCUCUCUUCACAGAGCCAGGGGAUUCCGGAAGCCCAGGAGGAUGUCUUCGUCAUGUAUGCCAACUCCUCAGUCAGCUAUUCUAGUCAAGAAAUGCCCAGCGAUAUUCAAUAUGACACAUCUCCUGAAUAUGCCAAGUUGUCCGUCUCCAAAUCCGGCUAUCUAAAGUAUGACAACUUGACCCCAGGUUUGACCUACACCAGCAUAGCCUCUGAUGAGGGAGACCCAAUCUCCGACAGGGAGGACACCACUCCAGAUUCCUUGACACCCACCGCUUUCUCCUCCAGCACAGACAGCUCCUCAGGAAUCGGGUCCCAAUCAUCUUUCAGCAGAAAACCUUGCCCGGCAGGCCUGACAGAUGAUCCUCUAGGCACAAGCAGCCAAUUUGUCAACAGUGAGACAGUCCAAGAGGGACACUUCAUGCCUGUUGGUCUCAAUGAGGAAUCUGAUCUAUCCUCCACCCCGUCACACCAAGACCUUCAGGAUUUUUCUGAACCUCUUACCAGCAGCUCUAGGCAAUCCACAAGCUCGCUACCUUUGAGCGAGACAAGUGCGUCGACAUCCAGCAGUUCUUCGGAGAGGAGUAAUUCUUCCCAAGGGUUGUCAUUGACUAUCGUCACGCCAAAGAAAACCUCUGGAUCCAGUUCACCGUUGAAAAGAGCAGCAGAGGCAAGCAGCCCCGCCAACAGCCCUUGGAAGUACAGGGAUCCUUACUUCUUGGUCAACUUCAAGCUGAUCCUCAACACUGUUCUGGCCAGCGAGGAUGAUCGUAGUCUCUUCAGUGACCAGGACAUUGACGUCAUCGAUACAUUUCGGAAUCUGUCAGCACCAUCACAGCAGCUGUAUGUUCGACUGUUCCAACGAAAGCAUGCCUGGUUGCAGGUUGGCAAGCUGGAUUACAAACGUAUAGCUGUGGACCUGACACCUGUGGUGGCUGAGCUUCAGGAGGCAGGAUUAGUGCAAACAGAGCAAGAUCUGACUGACUUUGAUGUGGUGUUGAACCUGUGCUCUGCACCUGACCUGAAAACCUUUGCCAAGACUCUGCGUCUGGCACCCUCUGUUGGCCAGACCAAGGCAGAUCUGGUGGGCGCCUUACUGAAACAUGGUCGACAGCAGCGCUCGCUGUUCGCCGGUAGCAUGGAGCAAGUCCUCAUCAAAAAAGCUAAGAAGAUGAUUGGUGCCUGUCUCCGUCUUAGCAACGAGCCCCGAACCAUCUUUUCCCGUCUUCUCCUCCUCUUCUCGCUUACUACAGACAUGGAUGAGGAAGACAAAGCCAGCGGGGGAAUGUCUCAGUUGCAAACAUUGCUAUUAUCCAACAUGGGACGUGUGAUCUACCCAACCUACAAAGUAAUGAGAACAGUGAAGAUUUUUUCCACAAAAGAUGACCUACUCAGGUAUGAGACUGCCCUCCAUUAUGAGACUGACAUAGCCUUAGCCAUGAGUACCAAUGACUUCGACUUGGCUUACCAACUGCAGCAGAAGGCAAUGAGCAUCUUUGAAGAAAUUCAAAAGGAUUCAAAGAUCCUGAGCCACGACCUGUCGCUGCCCAAUUUCAUUCGCCGCUUCACCGCGUCCUGGACCUAUACUCGUACUGCCUACACCGGCGUGGAGAUCCUACAAAAGCUCCGCCGCUACACUGAAGCUGUGGACGCGCUGCGACUACUCCUGGCCCAGAGUAACUACUGCUGUGACAGCAGGGGGCGCUGGUGGGACCGACUCGCACUGAACCUGGACCAGCACCUUAAGAAACCAGAGCAGGCUCUUGAUGCAGUCCAAGAAGGUCUAGCAGAUGGCUACGUCAGAACGGGUCAUCGCUUGGCACUCCAGCUCCGAGCCCAGAAAAUUCUCAAGUCGGCCAGCGGCAAGCGGUUCCGGAAAAGACGAGACGACUUCACCUUUGACCCUGUCAGAGAAAUGCCAAGGGUCACCAUUGAAGGUCGAGUCUUGCCAUACCAAGCCCCUGGAAUCAAGAACACCUUUGUGAGAGAGUGGACGGGCGACAGGAAACGAGAGGGCGACAUGGCAAUAUGUCGGGUGGAGGAAGUAGCUCUGGAGCAUUAUAAGGGGCUGGGUUACCCGGAAGGUGUCCACGGGGAGGGAAGCACUUUUACCACGCUAGUAUCCCUUCUCUUCUGGGAUCUGAUCUUCCUGGAGGGAAUUCCUGAUACCUUUUGCUAUCCCUAUCAGUCUGGUCCACUUGACAUACGGUCGGACUGUUUCUUCCUGAAUCGGAAAGAAGCUCUAGAACAGCGACUAUGUGAGCUCAGGCAAGCAGACACCGAGGAGCUGCAGGACAAGCUGGAAACCAGCUGGAUGGAGUACCAUGGGGAGCAGUGUACCGGAGUGAGCUGGGAUCUCUUCCGUGAUGUCCACCAUGCCAAGGGUCUCUUAGCCUGUCUUGGAGGUGAAUUCCUAUCAGCUAUCGCAGAGAGAAUCCUGAGGGACCAUCGGCAUUGCAGAGGUGGUAUGCCAGACCUGACAGUCUGGUGUCCGGUGUCGGGCAAAUUCAAGCUGGUGGAAGUGAAGGGGCCAGGAGACCGUUUGUCCCACAAGCAGAUUCUGUGGAUUGAUUUCUUUCUGUCUCUGGGUGUUGAUGCUGAGGUCUGCCACGUCACAGCAAUUGGGUCCAAACGACUGAAGCUCACGAGAGCGCUCAGCAGGCAGAGCGAUGUGACAAGUUCCUCCAGUCAGAAUUAAAUUGGUUCACACCGGCUCGGGAUACUGGGUCCAUUCUGCAAAUUGUAGCUUCAGAAUCAUCUUGGUCUCUGAAAUCAUUGCCAAGCAUUGACUGUGAAUGGUAGACAGAUCAUGAAUAUAUUUUGAGUGCAGAAGAAUGGAGCAUUUUGUCUGUCUCCAACUGAAAUUGUUCUGACCAAUGCACUCAUAAACAGUCAUUUUUUAUACAGUACCUGCAUAAAUCCAAGGUCAGCAUUUCCUACAAGUUCCAGUAUUUCCUCUUCUGUUGGGAAAACAAAUAGUCCUCGUAUAUGAAUUUUGCAAAACAGACUCAAGUCCUCAGAAGUGCCAACCACUGGUAGUACUGUGCAAUGUUAGACUGGUUCCUAUCCAUAAUUUAUUUUCCUCUCUUACUAGAAAUGAAAUACAUGCAAUGGCGGGAACCAGUCAAAGUGAAAUGAAGUUCUAUUCAAUGGGUACGGUUGAAUGGAACAAAUAAUUCAGAAACGUGAUAAAUGAUGCACCAAUCAGAUGAUGGGGACUAGGCAGUUAUUGUAUGAUAUUGAAUUAAAAGAUAAUGAAAACUUUGACCUUCCAUUAGACAGUUUAAAGUAGCUGCAUGAAAAGGUGGAGCUACACUGAUGACAGAUGGGGGGGAGUCACGGCUUAGGGCUCUCAUUCAGUAAGCUGUAGCCUGUAGCCAGAGCUGAAGAACGAUGUGGCAUUAGCUAGAUAAUCAAAGUACAUGUAUUGCAUACCAACCAGUACUGAACCUUUACCUGAAUAUAUGUAAAAAUUUGGUUGGUAACCAAUGAAUUGUCUUUUUCAGUGUUUACUGCUCAAAGAGCAAAUUUUGCUUAGCAAAUUAAUAUUGCUUACCAGAUUAAGAUUACUAUUCAGAGAAUAUCACAUUCUUAAAUGUCUGAUAGCCUCAGGUAAAUUUUUGUUAAGUAAAUUUCAACAUUUUCACCUCAGGAAUGUUUUGCAAUUAGAGAUAUGAAAAAGUUAAGGCUUAAACUGUAGCCCUUGAUAAAGGGCAAAUAUGUACUGUAAUCUGUAAAAUAGCCUUUAUGUCGAUUGGCAAAUGACAACUCUCACGUUUUUUAAUAAUGUUCCACUAGGAAAAAAGUAAAGUGUGAUUUAGUAAGUAGUAACACUAUCGAUCACCAUCGAUUUGAACAUUGGAUCGUUGUGAUGCUAUAUACCAGUGCAGUACUGAGAUACUUGCCUCGAUGUGUUCAGGACAUCAACUUAGGGCUGGAUGGAAUAUCUUAAAUGUUCUUCCUUGGUUGACCUUUUGUGUUCCACUGUGACCGGUUGAUAAUGUCUCAGUUGUUCUUUGAAACUCCAGCUCCAAAUAUUGAACACCACACUGCUUAGGCCUUGGAAUACUGCCAAGAUUUUCUUUCUCUUUAAAGUUUCGUGCGGCAAUGUGAGUCAUCUUUAGCUUUCAUUCAUUCUUUCUUUCUGCAGAGGUAUUCUUUAUUCAGAAUCCUGCAACGAACUCGACACAAAUGCAUUGUAUUUAGACAGUUGUGUAGGUCACAGAAUAAAAAUCAUUUCGGAAAUCCGGUAGG